UGUCUCAGACAGAGGCACUCCUCGGAGACUCUCCAGCUCUGCUCAUCACCUCUCCAGGUCAGCUCACCUCUCCACCUCUCAUCAUGUCUGUCAGCCUCGCCCGCCAAAGCAGCACCAGCAGAAGCUACAGCUCCCGCAGCGUCUCUGGCAGCAGCUCCCGCAGCGUCUCCGGCAGCAUCUCCGGCAGCAUCUCCGGCAGCAGCGUCAUCAGCCAGAGCAGAGGGAUGCAGCAGGUCAGAGGCGGCCAGUCCAGCAUCUCCAUGUCCGGGCCCUUCCAGAGCCGAGCACCCAGCGUGUACGGGGGCGCAGGAGGUUACGGGACCCGCGUCUCCCAGUCAGUCUUCAACUGCGGGUACGAUGAGACUGCCGUGAUCAGCAACGAGAAGGGGACCAUGCAGAACCUCAACGACCGCCUGGCCACCUACCUGGAGAAGGUGCGCUCUCUGGAGGCUGCCAACAGGAAGCUGGAGUUGCAGAUCAGAGAGUUCUAUGACAAGAGAUCUCCCACUGUUUCCAAAGACUUCACCAGCUACUUCGCCACCAUCACUGACCUCCGAGCCCAGAUCAUGAGGAGAUAUUCAGGGAAUCAAGGUAUCAUCCUGCAGAUUGAGAAUGCUCAACUGGCUGCAGACGACUUUAAAAUAAAGUAUGAGACGGAGAUGAACAUGCGUGCGAUGGUGGAGGGCGACGUGCUGCGUCUCCGAGGGGUUCGGGACAGCCUGACUCUUACCAUCAGUGACCUGGAGCUGCAGAUAGAAAGUCUGAAGGAGGAGCUGGUGUACAUGAAGAGCAACCAUCAGGAGGAGUUGCAUCAUCUGAGGAUCCAGCAGACCGGCGCGGUUAAUGUAGAGGUGGACAGCACCAAGUCUGUUGAUCUGACGCAGGUCUUGGAGGACAUGAGGGAGCAGUAUGAAGCUGUGGUGCUGAAGAACAAGCAGGAGCUCGAGAGAUGGUUCCAAGCUAAGGUGGAUAUUCUCCAGACGACAAUCACAACAUGUUCAACAGAGGUGAAGACAUUUUACACAGAGCUGUCAGAGCUGAAGAAGACCUACCAGAGUUUGGAGAUAAGUCGGCAGAGCGUCCACACGGAGAUUCAGUGCCUGCAGCAGAAUUAUGAAGAAGUGAAGAGUCGUUACAGCGUUCAGCUCAGCCAGCUGCAGAUGACCAUCAACAUGCUGGAGACAGAGCUGCAGCAGCUGAGAGUCUCCCUCGAGCAGCAGCAAACCGACUACAACGUCCUGCUGGACAUCAAGAUGAGGCUGGAACUGGAGAUCGCUGAGUACAGGAGGCUGCUGGACGGAGAGCUGCAGGAGAGGGGGCUGUAUGAAGUAAAAAAGGCGGCUGUGAUCAUCAGCAAGGUUGUGAAAGUGGAAGAGCAUAAACCCCACAUCGAGAGGAGAGUGAAGACCAUUGUGGAGGAGAUUAUUGAUGGGAGGGUGGUGUCCUCCAGUGUUGACACCCAAGUGGAGGACAUUGCGUAAAACCUCUGCUGAACUUCCAUUUUUACAUUGAUUUGGCCCCUAAAUGUCAUUAAUGGACUCCUUUGAUACCUGCUUAAUGAAUAUUUCACUAGAGUCAACAGUUAAAGGUAGGGUAGGUAGUGCUUUUCUUAAUAUUUUUUUUGUAAUAUUUGUUGAAUUUCUUUUUACAUCCUGACAGCAAUCAAUAAAUCAAAUGCUCUGACAAAAAAAGAGAGAGAAAAAAACUGGUAUCUGUGGCUGUUGCAGGAUUGUAAUAAACCCAUCCAAUAAUUUAAUUUGGCCCAAAUGUAAUGAUUGGAUGGGCUACCUGCCUGCCUGCCAGCGCACACUCCCACUAGCUGCUAACUUGACAGCUGUGAGUACUAAUAAUAGCCAUAGUCGUUGUUCACGUUCAUUAUGAUAAUUGUUGGGGAGUGGCUUUGGAGGGAGGCCUGAAGCGACGGACUGUCAGUGUUGCAGACUUGGUAACUUUCUCGCUAGAUUUAGGGACUUUUGGAGCUAGUGCUGCUGGCUACUUUCAUUGGAAAAGAGUUGGCAACACUGGGUUGGGUUUUUUCGGUUGGAUCAUUUUUAAUAUCUAGUGUACUCUUGCUGGUUUCUCAUCAUUACUGACCCUACCUUUAACUUGUAAUUGCAAGUUGACCAUAUACCAGGUAUAUGAUAGUUCCCAAACUAAUCAAAAAUAUUUUCGAAAAGCACUUUUUGCAUUUUAAGAGGGUUUCCUUGGCCUUUUCUUUCUUUUCUUUUGAUUGCAAUUAAAUAGCAAGGAUGCAGGAAGUGAUGUAUAAGAUAAAUAUUAGAGCAAAAUAUGAUUAAAAAGCCAGAAAGCAAAGAUGAGGGUGAGUAUUCUUAAUCACAAACAUGGAUUUCCAGAAAGAUGGAUUAUAGUUUGUACAUGGAUUUUUCACUGGCAAAAUUCUACUUUUUGGGCAUACAAACAACACAAGAGUUGUAACAGGGUCAAGCCAGUUUUAGGCCAUACAAAGGAAAUUAUAAAAACUCGAUAAUGUUUUUGUUGUCUGAGCUCAAGUCGGUGUCUCCUGUAUUAAAUCACAGCAAAAUAAAGCAAAAUCUGAUAUUGACUUUAA